AUGGAGAUGUCGAGUGAUUCAGAUGUGGAAGAAUUAUUACUUUUAUAUGCUUUAUCACGGUCACAGAGAAAAAGAGUAUGGGUGCACGACAUCAAUCAAAAGAGAAAGGAUUUAGGAGAAUAUCAUCGUUUGUGUCGUGAGCUUGCAUCACAUGAAGAUCGUUUUUUUACAUACUUUCGUAUGUCUCAAGAUUUAUUCGAAGAACUACAUGAACUGCUCAUCCCAAAAAUAAGCAAAUCUACCACAAACUGGAGGACGCCUAUUUCUACAAGAGAAAGACUUGUAAUCUGUUUAAGGUACUUAGCUACGGGUGAUUCACAUCAGACCAUAGCCUUCUCCUUCCGAGUAGGUCGUUCAACAGUCGGUGGUAUUGUAAAAGAAGUCUGUACAGAAAUCUGGAAUACAUUACAACCAGAAUAUAUGCCAUCGCCUACUGAAGAGACAUGGAAACAAUCAGAAAAGGGUUAUAGGGAAACCUGGAACUUCCCGAAUUGUGUCGGUAGUAUUGACGGGAAACAUGUCUCUAUAAAGUAUCCCAAAAAUAGUGGAUCAGAAUAUUUUUACUACAAGAAGUUUUUUUCUGUAGUUCUUCUUGCUAUAGUCGAUCCAUGUUACAAAUUCACCGUCAUAGAUGUCGGUAGUUACGGGCGGCAUAGUGAUAGUGGUAUAUUCGAGAACUCAAUAUUUUAUCGGCAAUAUAUCCACGGAAAAUCUCUGCUGCCAGAUAAACCUCUUCCAGGCACCGAGGAGCCCGUACCUCAUGUACUUAUCGGCGACGAAGGUUUUGCUUUAAAAACAUAUUUGAUGCGUCCAUUCCCAAGAGCCUUAGCUACACAAGACGAAAGAAAAACAAAUUUUAAUAAAAGACUUUGCAUGGCGCAUUUUUUUACGACCUAUUGA